UUUGAUGGCAGAAAUAUUUGAAAAAGCAAAAAGAGCAACAGAAUAAUAAAUUCAAAUAGUAGAAUAUUCAUGCGAGUAAGUAUUUGAGAGAUAUAAUUUAGGUACUGUUUAUAAUCUGAUGUUAAUGCAGUGGCAUAAUGUUUAUAAUGUAAAAGAUGGUAUUGUAAUUGUGCAACACAAAGUGGUUCACAUAUAAUUCUACAUUUGAUUAAGAGUAAGCAUAAUUAAAUUAGUUUGCAUGAAUAAAACAAAGUGUAAAUCACAACAAUAGAGUGUUACAUUUGUGAAUAGAAAAAUAUGUUCACAUUAGGAUAAGUUAAUGGUAUUGAUUAAUUUAGAUUAAUUAUAGUUAAAUUAGAGGAUGAGGAAAACAUCUUGAUUCUAUGUCGAGGAUGCCUUCCAUAAAAAUAAUCAGAUAAAAUUACUUGGGAUCCAAAUGAUUAUUAGCCACUAAUCAAAGAUAGAAGUAUUUAGGAUUGGUUGUUGGGAUAAGGAGAGAAAAUAAAUGUAUAUAAUAAUAUAAUAAUAAUAUUAGUCUCGUUUAGUUACUUUGGAUCGAAUAAAUCAAUAUGAAGAGGAAAGAAAGAAUAAGCCAGGAUUAAAAUUUGAAGAUUUUGAUAAAAAAGGUCCAAAUUAAUCUUUGAAGGAGGUGUAAUUAAGAUAUAGAGAUGCUAAUCAUUAUUAAUAAGUAUUUUCUCCAUUGGUGAAAUUGGAAGAAGAUUAGGAUAAAUAAGUUAAAGAAGGAUAAGUUUUAUAAAGUGUAAAAGUGAAAUGGGAUUUAAGUUUAAAGAAAAAGAGAUUGGCUUAUUUCUUGUAUGGAGGUAGAGAAGAAUUUGAUACAAAUACUUUAUAAGGAAAUGAAAUGUAAUUAAGUUUAAAAUCUGGAAAUUCAAUUUGGUAAUCAAAGGGAACAGUUGUCAAAGUAAUUAAUAAUGAGGAAAUUUGUUUGGAAUUACAUUAAAAUGAUCCUCCACCUAAUAAUGCAGAUGAAGGUUACACAGUAGAAUGUAUAUGGGUGUCAACUACAUUUAAAAGAAUGUAAAUGGGUUUAAAGACUUUUAAUUUAAAUGAGAGUUCAACUAGUAAUUAUAUUUAUAAAAUGAUUUUGGGAAGAAUAGAUACAUUGGCUCCUCCAACAAAAAUUGAAAUAAUACCUUAAAAGUUAUCUGCUCCCAAUCUACCUGAUUUGAAUGUGUAUUAAGCAGAUGCAGUUAAGAAAGCUUUAAAAUCUCCUUUAUCAUUAAUAUAAGGACCACCAGGAACUGGUAAGACAGUUACAAGUGCAACUAUUAUAUAUCAAUUAGUAAAGGCAUUGGAAAAAUAAAAAUAAAGAGGAUAAAUUUUGGUUUGUGCACCUAGUAAUAUUGUGGUUGAUUAAUUGGCUGAGAAAAUUAAUAAAACAGGUGUUAAAGUAGUUAGAUUAUGUAGUAAAACAAGAGAAAGUGUUAGUACAACUAUUGAAUUUUUAACAUUACAUAAUUAAGUGAGAAGUUUGGAUAUUCCAUAAUAUCAUUAAUUAUAAAUGUUUUAUGAAUUACUUGAUUAAUAAGGAGAAUUAGAUUAAAAGGAUGAAUAAGUAUUCAUAAGAAUGAGAGAUGAAGCAGAAAAGGAAAUUAUUGAAUAGGCUGAUAUUAUAUGUACUACAUGUAUUGGUUCAGCUGAUAAAAGACUUAAAGAUAUGAGAUUUCCAUUUGUUUUAAUUGAUGAAGCAACUUAAGCAAUAGAACCAGAAUGUUUAUUACCAAUGAUUAAGGGAGCUUAACAUGUUAUAUUGGUAGGUGAUCAUAGACAAUUGGGUCCAGUUGUAUAAAGUAGAGAAGCAGCUUCAGUAGGUUUAGAUAGAAGUUUAUUUGAAAGAUUGGUUCAAUUAGGAAUAAGACCUGUUAGAUUGUAAGUAUAAUAUCGUAUGCAUCCUGAAUUAACAGUAUUUCCAUCUAAUACAUUCUAUGAAGGUACAUUAUAGAAUGGAGUUACUAUAAGUGAUAGAACACAUGCUGGUAAUUUUCCAUGGCCAAAUAAAUAAAAGCCUAUGGUAUUUAUUAAUGUGUCAGGACAAGAAUAAUUAUCAGCAUCAGGCACUUCAUAUUUGAAUACUCAAGAGGCUGUUGCUGUUGAAUAAGCAGUUUAUUAUCUAUAUUAGAAUACAGUAAAAUUAAAUAAAAUUGGAGUUAUCACUCCUUAUAAAGGAUAACGCACAUAUAUAAUUUCUUAUCUAUAAAAAAAUGGAUAAUUACCUUAUAAUUAAUACAGAGAUAUAGAAGUUGCUUCAGUAGAUGGUUUUCAAGGUAGAGAAAAGGAUUUCAUUAUUAUAUCUUGUGUCCGCUCAAAUGAUACACAAGGCAUAGGUUUUUUGACAAAUCCUAGAAGAUUGAAUGUUACAAUCACUAGGGCCAGAUUUGGAUUGAUAAUCAUUGGAAAUGCAAGAGUAUUAUGCAAAGUAUUUAAUAAAUUAUAUAUAUAUAAUAGGAUAAUCUAUGGAAUAAUAUGUUGAAUCAUUUUAAGGAUUAAGAUUUAUUGAUGGAAGGUUCAUUGCCUAAUCUUAAACCAUGUCAUAUGAAAUUUAGACCACCAUAAAAGUUUAUUCCAGAAAGACGUAAUAAUACAAUGAAUGGAGCUAAUGAUGACAAGAGUGUUUAUUCUUAUGCAUAGACAGGUAUAUAUUGUAAUAAAUUAUUUAAUAGAUAAUCUUAAUUAAUUUGAUCAUGAUUUGGGUGAUUUCCCAUUAACAAAAGGGAUAAGGAAUAGUGAAUUUGGAUUCAAUUUUAUACCUGAUACUUAAGCAUUUAUAAAAGUAGCUGAUUAGAAUGAAAUAAGAAAAAAUUAAGAUUUAAAAGAGAUAGAUUAGGCUAAUAUAAUAAAUAUUGGACAAUAUCCUUCAUCAAUAAUGUAAAUUGGAACAUUCUAAAAUGAUUUAUAAUUAGAUAUUUGA